GAUCCAACGGAUAUGGUCGCGACGGAUUGGAGAAGGAUUCGACGAGUCGUACGGGAGGAAACCUUUUCUCUCUCUUGAUAUAACCUCAAAGCCGGUCAUAUCCACCCUCCGAGACGAACUCCCUCUUACCAGGCAAGAUGAGAGACAAACAGCCACAAUCUCUCUCCCAGCUUCCUCCUUAAAAGCUCCAACCUCUUAUACUACACCCCCUCCUCCUUAUACUACGCACCCCCUUGAUGAGACCUACGCCCACACCACCACCACCACUAGCAAGAAGACGAAAACGACGAAGAAGAGGAGAAGGGUGAGAAAGCAACAUGUCUCUCGUGUACGGUACUCGGGAGGUCUCGGUGGGCCCCACGGUCGGGUACCAGGGUGAUGCUCCUCCGCAGGCGUACGUUAGCAAGAGCCAGGUGGGCGAGCUUCUGCAGACAGGGGAGGGGAAGAGGGGUGGCGUGGAAGCAGCGGCGGAAAGGAGGAACGGGUUCCGUUUGGACGGUGGGGAUUCAACGCCCUCGGGGGAGAGUUCAUCGAUUGGCUGUGAUUCCUCGGUAGAGGACGAGAAACGACGCGGCGGCAGUGACGGAGAGGAGGAUGAGGUGCAGAGCAAAUUCAAUGGAGGGUUGGGUUCCAUGGGAUUACUUGAAGAAUCUCUCCCCAUCAAGCGUGGGCUAUCGAAUUUCUUCCGCGGGAAAUCGAAGUCAUUCGCAAGCUUGUCGAACAUCACAUCGGUGGAAGAUAUGGCGAAGCCAGAAAAUCCCUUCAACAAGCGAAGGAGGACUCUUCUAGCAUGUAAGACCGCAUGGUCUAAAAGAGCCUUCUACAGUCCUCUCAAUACAUCACUACCUGCCUUGACCCCUCCAGAUAGGACUCUGGAAGGGUCAGAGUCCGAGUCUGAGGAGGAAGAAGAGAAGGAAGAAUCCCCAAUUCCUCCUUUGCCCAUCAAAGGUAGGAAAUUCAAGAGUUUUAGAUCUCCAAGGUCUUUCUCUCUUACUGAUCUAAGGGAUGCUUGAUUAGCUUAACAUAAUAGAAAUUAAUAAUAUAAUCUUUUCCUUUUCUUUUUAAA